CCCUUCAGUCGCUGCAACUCCGCCACACACAACACACCUCUCCCACUCCAGGAACCCCUUGUCUCUAAUCUCGUGCUCUACGGGUUCCACGUGGGUCACAGCAAGGGGCCUGCUCCGGACCCGUUUCUAAUAUACCUUGUCGAUCAGCCCACACGACCCUCCGCAGCUCCUCCCCUCACCUAGUCUACCCCUCCCGUCACACAAAAGCCUCACUACCAUGUCGGCAGAGGCACGCGACGCAGCCAUCCGAGAAGCAAAACGACACGUCUUCGAAGUCGUCCGAAACGACUGGGCCUUUGAGCCCUCGUCGGCCACUUCUGGCGCGCCGGCAUCAGCCACACCCGCAGCCCCCGAGCAGCAAUGGCUCGAAUGGCGACUCCGCGAAUACGACAGCUCCGGGUCGGAAUUAGAGCCGCAGGAUGAGCCAGAUAGCCCUGGGGAGCUGGACGGUGACUCGUCCGAUUCGUCGCGGGUAGUGACUGCGCGGGAGCGGCGGCGCAAGCGGCGCAGACAGCUGGAGGAGGACGAGAUGCGGUGGAAUAUCGGAUUGCGGACGUGGGUUGAGAGGCGGGAUGCGUGGACGGGGGCGCGAUCGAAGGAGGAGGUUUUGGCGACGGAGGAUCGAGAACGAGGCGCUGCCGUGCAUACUCCGGGGGAGACACAGGCUACGGGUGCUGAGCGGGACGGGACCGCGGAUCUUGUUGCGCGGACAGGGAGCUCGCUUGCGAUCGCUGAGAAGGAAGGGGAGCCGCAGCAAACACAGGCAGAUCCAGCUGUUGAUGAAGCGGCCAAGGAAUCGACGGAGACGGGCCUGGCCGUACCUGGCCCAGAGUCCUCGCAUGAUGAGUCUGUCUCUCCACCACCUCCUCCGUCCGCCGGCGAAGUCCGCGACCCCCUCAUACCUGUCGCCCCGUCCUUCAUCCCCGUAAGCAACGCCGUGCGCGCUUCGAUCACGCCUGCCAUGUAUCCGUCUAUCUACUCCAAGGUGGUGGUGCAGGCGCUGACACCCACGGUGCCCAUCAACCUCGCCGACGUCGUCAAGGCGAUGGUGCAAGGAUGGAAGUCCGACGGCCAGUGGCCCCCAAAACCGACCUCCAUCGUCCUCCCGGAUGACUCCAUCGUGCAUAAGAACGGCAGCGCCGCAGGCGAUGCACAGGGAUCUCAAGAGUCUAAACGCCGAUCGAGCGUCGUCGGCGCCGUGAAGAAGGUGUUCCACUUCUCCGGCUUCCACUCGAACCCGUUCCAUCGCCGAGGCUCGAGUCAUGGCAGUCACCCUGAGGCGCACGACGGGCAGCCCAAGGAUGGAGGGCCUGAUCUUCCGGGUGCUGGGCAUCCGAGCAAAUAAGUUUUCAGUUUACGUCUGCUGUGAUGAACUUGACUUCGAGAUUUCAUGUUCGGGUUGCAUUGGACUGGUGCUACGGACGGUCUUUGGCGAACAGGAUGCAUCAUCUGGAGUGGCUUAUGUUUUACUCUGUCUAUGUUACGUCUUCUUCCUUACUUACUGUCAUGAGUUGUAUGACGAUCAGAAAUGGACGACUCAGUGCUAUAUGGCUCUCACGAUGGAACGCCGUGUAUAACCCCAUGUAGCACGAAAACCAUUAUACCAAAUCACGUUGCUAUUCAUCUCAUAAGCAGCACAGGCAAGGCAAAGCACAAUCCACCUGUCUCAG